CUCGUUCUCUUCACGCUCCGAUCCUCGCAUUUCCUCUUGGUUACCCAACGGCAAGCCUUCGGCCUCGACUUCGACUCGACGGCCGGAGUACCUCGAUUUCAGCCGCGACGGCGGCCUUCAGUGGGUUAGCUUCUUUUUAGACUGCACUCACGGUUAUCAGGAUUUGAGGGCCUGCAAGGGACCAAAGCAGAUUUAUGGAGGACUUGGCUGGGAAGGAUCAAGGUGUGAAGAAGCAUAUAUUAGUUGAGGCUAUUGUGGAAAAUGUUUCUGUUGUCGAUUCAUCAUUAACUGAAGGUAAACAUGACUUAGAGAACUCUGAUGAUCAAGAAGGCUCAUUUGACAAGGAUAAUAAAGAAUACAAUGCCAGUACAAGGGGAGCAAGAUUUCAUCGUUUAAGUGGGGCAGACAGUUCGAGCCUUAUGCAUAAUGAAAAGAAUACAACAAGAUAUUUCAUCAUGAAGAGUUUGAGCCAUCAAAACAUGCAAUUGUCAAUUGAGAAAGGCAUAUGGGCAACUCAAGUAAUGAAUGAGCCACUUCUAGAAGAAGCAUAUCUUAAUUCUGAUAAAUCAGGUGGUGGAAAUAAUCCUUGGGGCCACACUUUCAAAGUUAAAUGGUUGCAAUUGCAUAACCUGCCUUUCCAAAAGACGCUUCAUCUCAAGAAUCCCUUGAAUGAUUAUAAACCUGUGAAGAUUAGCAGGGAUUGCCAGGAGAUAUCCAAAGAUGUUGGUGAAGCUCUUUGUGGGCUGUUUGAUGAAGCAGACGGUAAAUGCAAACUGAAAAGGAAUUACAUUUUAAUGGAUGAUAUUAUUCCUAAAAGACCUUGCAGAAAUUUUCCAGUUCAUUUACAAGAUGAAGAUUGUAUGCUUUCUGUUCCCUCGUCAAAUUUAAGAUUUUCUGGUGCAACUGUGUUGGAUCCACCCUUCUAUCAACAUGUUCAACAUGGAGAGUGCAGCUACUUUUGGAAGCCUAAAAGAUCUUGCAGGAUCUCUUCACCAUCAAACUUGGAAUCACGAACGAUCUCUAGGAUGAAGCUCCCCAGAGUUGACGGAAAUCUAGAUGGUAGACAAACUGACAAGGAUAUAAUUGAUGAGAGAAAUAUACCUGUAUCAUUUUCUGAAGAUGAUAUUCUCAACAUGGUAAGACAACCCCCUUCUAUCAACAUGUUCAACAUGGAGAGUGCAGCUACUUUUGGAAGCCUAAAAGAUCUUGCAGGAUCUCUUCACCAUCAAACUUGGAAUCACGAACGAUCUCUAGGAUGAAGCACCCCAGAGUUGAUGGAAAUCUAGAUGGUAGACAAACUGACAAGGAUAUAAUUGAUGAGAGAAAUAUACCUCUAUCAUUUUCUGAAGAUGAUAUUCUCAACAAGAAAAUGAUUUAAGGUUCCCAAAUCGGUCCCAAGAUUCAUGCUGUUUGGCGACCGGCAAGGCCUCUUCCAAGAAAAAGUCUACUAGGAAGAAGAAGAAUAAGAAGCCUACGAAGAAGCAAAAGAUCAAGAGCGAAAGAAAGAAGAAAGCUCCGAAGAAGGCCAACGACAAAGGAAAAUAUUUUCACUGCAAUGUCGAAGGCCACUGGAGAAGAAAUUGUCCUGCGUACCCGACGACAGUGAAGAAUAAGAAGGAUGCAUCUUCUGAAGGUACGUCUGAAUUGCUCGUAAUUGAAACUAAUCUAAUGGUUUCCUCUUCUUCUGGUUAGGUUCUAGGUUCUGGUUUAAGUGCUCAUUUGUGUAUUUCUAUGCAGGAUUUGAAAGAAGUUAGAGGGCUGAGGGAAGGUGAGAUCACUUGUUGGCUCAGCAAUGGGGCAAGAAUUGCUGCUAUCGCCGUCGGGACCUACUCUCUGAAGCUGCCGUUAGAAUUUAGUUUGCUUUUGAAAAAUUGUUAUUUUGUACCUGUAGUCGGUAGGAAUUUGAUUUUUAUUUCUGUGCUGGCAUAGGAUAAUUAUAAUUUUUAUUUUAAUAAAGACUUGUGCAUGGUUUAUUUUGAAAAUAAAUGUGUUGCACAUGCCUAUUUGAUAGACGGUCUUUAUCAUUUGCAUGUGGAUGCGAGUAUUAACGUUAAUGAGCAAAUUGUGAAUGCCGUUUGGGCACUAAGAGAGGAUAGACUUAACAAAUUGAAGAAAGAUAGCCUUUUGGGGUCACUAACUUCCGAGUCUUAUCCAAUUUGUGAGUCCUACCUUCAAGAAAAGAUGGCCAAACUAUCCUUUGUGGGACACGGAAAAGAGCCAUUGAGUUAUUAGUCCUGGUGCACACUGAUGUGUGUGGUCCAUUUGAUGUAUAAGCUAGGGGU